UUGUUAUGUCGUGUGUAGUUUGUAGAUGAUAAAAUAUUACUUUCAACGUGAAACAGUAAGGAGUGCUAAAAAUGUAAAACAUUUUGUUUGGGAUCUUAUAUUUUAAAUAUAGUUACCCCACCUAAUACUAUUAUUAUAAAGAGCACCGGGGCGGCGAGCGGCGUACAAACACCCCCGGCUAUAGAGAGGAUUUCUACCUUCAUAAAAACAGCAUCUGUCCCGCUUCUUCUCGUGUAUUUCUAAUAUUUAUUUCACUGUCUCGUAAUCAAGAGGGAAGCGAAAAAUUAUGAAAUCUAUAGUUUUCUUCCACAUUUUACGAGUACGAAACAUCAAUUGACAUGACAUUGACAGACGUCAACUCACUCGAUUUAAGGCUUAAGUACCUACGCUUUGUUUACAAAAUUUUAUCCGGUAUAAUACAAUUGAUUAUCUUAAAUUAUUUAAAUUUAGCUACUAAACAAUGUCAAUACAAGUUGAAAAUAAUUUAAAGGACUCUGAAAAUAGUGAGAAAUUUGAACAGCGGGUGCAUUUUUUGCCUUGUAAAAUUGAAGAGGACGGCCCGGCAAACGUGCACAAAUAUUUUGAGCCUUACGUGCAAGAAAAUGAAAACGGAGAAUUAACCGCCACAUUUAGAGGCCGCUUGCUCAACGGUACCAAAAUGAGUCUCCCUCAGGGUUAUGAGGCCAUUGUUGUGACGGAGACUAAGAGGCCCCUAGCUGAGAAUGCUGACAGGAGAUUUCAAGUAGCGGGCGGUUUCAAAGAGCUGACUUACUGGAAUUGGGACAAGGUGCCAUCCAGGAACGACAAUCUCGUGAAAGCCCUAGAUUGGAUGGACAUUGCUGAAGCGAUACAUGGCGAUGAUUGAAGAAACACCACAAAAUAUAAUGGAAUUACUAUUUUAGUUGAAUAGUAAAACUGUGGACUCAAGCGGGAAUCGAAGCCACGUAUUUUAUCUAACAUCCAUUAACAUUUUUUACUUAAUUAUAAGAAUAAACUGUUUUUUAUAGAUUU